CUGCGCACCAUCGCGGUCAUCGGAGACGAUGCCAACGACAACCCCGUGUUCCGCGGUGAAGGUUCCGGCGAGGUUAGCGCCGAGUACGUCGUCACGCCCCUUGAGGGCAUCAAGGCUCACCUGGCUCGCCGUGGGCUGUCGGUCGAUGUGAUCUACGUGAACAACUCAGUUAUCGCCAACGCCGUGGCCGCCGCCAAGAAGGCCGACCUGGCCAUCGUGUUCGCCGGCGUCGAGUCCUCCGAGGGCUACGAUCGUAAUGACCUGAUCCAGGCUGUCGCGAACGCCCAGCGCAACACUGUCGUUGGCCUGCACAUCCCUGGCGCGACUGUGAUGCCGUGGAUUGAUUCCGUUCCCGCUGUGUUGGCCGCGUUCAUGCCCGGCCAGGAGGACGGUCACGCCAUCGCCUCAAUCCUGUUCGGCGAUGUCAACCCGAGCGGCAAGCUGCCCCUCACCUUCCCCAAGACCGUCCACCUGGUGCCGGGCCAGUCCCAGACCCUCGCCUUUUCGUUCAGCGACGAGGAUCUCUCCAUCUGGGAUGAGUCCAUCCACGAUUGGUCGCUCGUCACCGGCAAGUUCGUCGUGCACGUUGGCUCUUCGUCCCGUGACAUCCGUCUCUCCGCGCCCCUUCCCGUCAGCCUGUAA